CAAAGGUCGAAAGUACUGUAUUAUAGGAAUAAGGGAGUUGGAUUCGUGGCUUCGACACCAGACAAUAAAGACACAGUGUAUGGAGAUCAGUGGUGACAUCCCAUAUCCCUCCUAUGUUAUAUCAUAGCCUGCCGCUGCUACAGAUGACACCAUCAUGCUUGGUAUUAAUCCCAUUGCUGUAUCGGUAGUUCUUGUGAGUGCGACACUGCUAUGGCUUCUGAGGCGGUACCUGGCAGGAGGAUGGUGCUAUAGCAAGGCUCGGCUGGACGGUAAGACGGUCCUCAUCACGGGAGCAAACACCGGCAUAGGCAAGGAGACGACUAGAGAUCUUGCCAGGAGAGGUGCUCGUGUGAUUCUAGCGUGUCGUGAUCUAGCCAAGGCAGAAGUAGCCAUGACAGACAUCCGUGAAGACACUGGUAACAGCAAUUUGGCGGUAGUCAAACUAGACUUGGCUUCCCUGGCCUCGGUCAGGGAAUGUGCAGAGGAGAUCAAAAGAGAGGAAUCCAGGCUGGAUAUUCUCAUCAAUAAUGCAGGUAUCAUGAUGUGUCCCGAGUGGCAGACAGAAGACGGGUUUGAGAUGCAGUUUGGUGUCAAUCAUCUGGGUCACUUCCUUCUGACUAACCUCCUGUUGGAUCUUAUGAAGUCCUCCACCCCAGCCCGCAUCAUCAACGUCUCCUCUCUGGCUCACGCCUACGGCAAGAUGAACUGGGAGGACAUCCAGUUGAAGAAAGGCUAUGACAAGAGAGACGCUUACAGACAGAGCAAACUGGCUAAUGUUCUCUUUACGCGAGAACUCAGCAGACGAUUGAGGAAGAUAGUCUCAGGUGUUACAGUCAACGCAGUUCAUCCGGGUGUCGUAGCAACGGAGCUGGCUCGUCACAUGAUGAAACCUGGUAGUCUGGCAUCCCGUCUUACCAACCUGAUCCGCUAUACCCCGCUCAUAUGGAUGUUCAAGAAUCCUGUACAAGGGGCACAGACUACUAUACAUUGCGCAACCACCCCAGAACUAUUGAAUAUUUCUGGUCAGUACUUCAGUGACUGCACCCCAAAGGAGCCUUCCCAGAAUGCAUUGGAUGAUGACGCAGCACGCAGAUUGUGGGACAUGAGUGUCGAAAUGGUCGGCUUGAAUCACAACUAGAUAUCAUGCUUUUCUGUACGCGAAGUAACUUUUCUUCUCGUGUUUGUCUGUGUGUCUUAAAUAAUCACUUUUGCAAUCUUGAAACUUAAAAACCAAUAACAUAAUAGUAUUCAAUACAAGACAUAGAUUUUUUUGACAUCAUCGAACUAAUCAUAUCACAUUUUAUGCAAUUUAGUCAACUUGGUUUUUGUUGUUGUUUUUUGUUGCUUUACUGACUGUGAAUCGGAUUCGGAAUGAAACUAUGACAGUCCAUCCACUUCCCGGUAGAUAGCGGGCGGGAAUGAGCUCGGUGUUUGUACUAUUUAAGGAACCCCCUCCUCAGAGACGGUGGAAGCAAACUAGUCUAUUCAACCCCUGCAUUGGUUUUCAAAUGCGAAGAAAAUCUGUGGGAUGAUAAUUUAUAAGCUUUUGUUCAAUACGGCUUCAGCCGUAAAUAUGAAUUAAAGUCAAGUGGUGACGAUGCAUUUUA